CGGAUAUUACUAUCUUAAAACGUAAAACAAACAACAAUCGGUAUUAGACAAUUAACGAUUACGCGAGAUGACGUCAUCCUACACUAUAGUAGACCGAGUGGACAGGGCAAGAACUGCCGUCCAGGAACUGAUGAAAGAAGACUACGUGUCAGUUGAUGCUGAAGGGGUUAACAUGUCGAAGACAGGACCUCUAACUCUGCUACAAGUGGGCAAAAAGGACGGUCACGUCUUUCUCUUUGAUGUUCUGACAUGUCCUCAAAUAUUUAAAGAUGGUGGAUUACAGGGCUUGUUAGAGGGCGUACAAGUUCUGAAGGUGAUGCACUCAUCUUCCAAUGACAGCACUUCACUGAAAUGUCAGUUUGACAUCUUGCUACAGAACGUCUUCUGA